UUAGUCCAACCCUUUAUCAGAGCGAAGUGCCAAGUUCAUAGAUGGCAGCAACAAGUGUGCAUAAUAAAGACGAACUUUCAACCCUCUUGUCUUUACAGUUUCUCUGCAGGACAGUCGAGGUAUUCUAUUAGCCUGUACAACAGAUUUCAUCGCGUUAUUUGUUCAAACCGCUACAGGAAUGAAUGAGGAUCAGUUUGACGUAGUUGUAGUCGGCGCGGGACUUUCCGGCCUCAGCGCAGCUCGCAGGCUGCAAAAGAGAAACCCUCAACUCAGCGUCCUGGUUCUGGAGGCCAGAGACCGUGUCGGAGGACGUACUGUAAGUAAACAAUUGCCAGCUGCGAAUGGCGUUGACCAGUGGGACAUGGGGGGACAGUGGGUGUCCAGCUCGCAGACCCAUGUCAUGGAACUUAUUCGAGAGCUUGGUUUGGAGGUCUUCCCACAAUACACUGAGGGCAAGAAGGUGCAUCACGUGGGUGGUCCGCAUGCCAAAAUCAAAACGUACACCUCUAGCAUGCCGUCAUACUCCCCACUGGCCCUGCUGGACUUCACCCAGGUUCUGUGGCGGAUUAACCAUCUUACUCAGACCAUAUCAGUUGAAGACCCAAUGAGUUCUCCUAAUGCUGAGCUGUAUGAUGGCAUGACGCUUCACACCUUCAUGGAAAAAUACAUCUGGACCACACAGGUGAAAGAGGAGCUGGCUUUGUGUAGCCGUAUCGUUUUUGGCUUGGAACCCUCUCAGAUCUCCUUCCUGUAUUUUCUGAUGUACUCCGCUGCAGCAGGGGGCACCCUACGACUCCUGGAGACCACACCUGGCUCGGGUCAGGAGUUCAGGGUCAAGGGGGGCACUCAGCAGCUGUCAGAGAAGCUAGUGGAGCAGAUCGGCAAAGAACGGGUUCGGCUUGGCGCCGCCGUAAUGACCAUAUGUCAGAAUUCAGAGAACAUAAAAGUUACAACUUCUGCAGACACAGUCUUUUGUAAAGCUGUCAUUGUUGCGUGUCCUUCUCACUUGGCAGCCAAGAUCCUUUACGAGCCUGCCCUGCCAGUGGAGCGUCAGCGCCUCACCCAGUGCCUGCCCAUUGGCCACAUGACAAAGUUUAUCGUCACUUACCCCACUGCCUUUUGGAAGCAGAGAGGUUUCUCGGGGGAAAUCGUGGUGCGUCCCUCUGAGGACUGUCCUUUAAGUGUCACAUUUGAUGCCACCAGCCCCAGAGGCAGUCCUGCGCUGGUGGGGUUCAUCACUGGAGUACAGGCCCAUGACUGGUGCGACAGAAAGAUGGAGGAGAGAAGAGAUGCUGUGAUCUCCAGCCUGGUGAAGUACCUUGGUCCGGAGGCGUCCACCUACAUUCACUACGAAGAAAAGGACUGGGCAAAAGAAGAGUGGAGUGGAGGCUGUCCUGUGAAUGUAAUGACCCCUGGGAUGCUAACAUAUUACCACCCAAGUCUUCGAAAGCCCUUCGGCAGGAUUAAUUGGGCCGGCACAGAGACGGCCACCCAAUGGUGUGGAUACAUUAAUGGAGCCAUUCAGGCCGGUCAGCGGGCAGCUAUGGAGGUCCUGGCUCAGAUGUGUCCUUCUUCUCUGUCCCAGGAGGAACUGGACGCAGUGCGAGCUUCCCUGAAACACAGUGACCCAAGAAAGGAUUCAAAGUGUUCAUCGUCUAAGUGUUAUUACCUCUUUGGGGUGGUAAUGACAGCGGCUGCUCUGGUGACAGCCUACCUUUUGGCCAAACCAGAACUGGGAUUUGAAUGGUUUUAAAAUAAUUAUUAGCAGCACUUAGCCAUUGUGCCUUAAAAUGCACAGCUAAAAUAACAGUAAUUUACAGAUUCAUGUCAACCUGACACAUUUUACAUUUACUUACAAUGCAUUUCUGAAUGAAA